AUGAUGCGUGGAAAUGCGACGAGCAGUGAACGGUGCCGCUUGCUCGUAAUUGGCAAGGCAGUGAAGCCUCAUUGCUUUAAAGGCAUCAAGACACUCCCUGUUGAUUAUACUUCAAACAAGAAGUCGUGGAUGAUGCGGGAGAUCUUCACUGACUGGUUGCGUGCACUUGACCGGAAAUUCGUAGCACAACACAGGAAUGUUCUCAUGUUCAUAGACAACUGUCCAGCGCACUGUGAUGUCAGUGGGCUGAAGGCAAUACGCUUGGCAUUUUUGCCGAAAAACACGACUGCUGUGCUCCAGCUCAUGGAUCGUGGAGUAAUCCAAAACCUGAAGACUCUGUACAGGCGCCACCUUCUAGGAAGAAUUCUUUCUUUGGACAGUUGCAAGUCUUACGAUGUCAAUCUGCUCGGGGCUAUUCACAUGCCGGCAACAUCAUGGAAUUCCAUCAAGCAGGAGACUGUCGCGAAUCGUUUCUGCAAGUGUGGCUUCGGCAAAGCUCCAGAAGCCUGCAACUUGGAGGCGUUGUGUGAAGGUGACUCCGCCAUGCUCGACCCUAGCUAUGCUACUCUUUCAGAAGGCGCUGAUUUUAAGAGUUAUGUGUACGUGGACAGUGAUGUGAAGACGUCGGGGCCUUUGAGCGAUGCUGACAUAAAAGAGGCUGCAUGCUGUCAGCAGACGUUGCAGGGCUCACGUGCGCCGAACACGGCUGACAGCGGUAAUGAGUCCAACGAAGGCAACGAGUCAGUGCCACCCCCAAGUGCAUGCAAAGCAGCGUCAGCGCUGGAUGUUGCAGCACGUUAUUUCAUAGCAGAUGAGAAUUCGGACGCUGCGCUGGAGCUCUUGGGCAAGCUGCAAGCGAUGCUCACGGAGUCACGACAGAAGGAACUCAAGCAAAUGCAUAUUACCGAUUUCCUUUUAAUUUUGAUUUCGUCAACCCUUCCCUGUAAACAAACAAGUUUUAGGAGCAUAAAUAGUGUCAUAUAUUUCGACAUUAAGGCUUGCUGCUCACAUGAAUGCACGUCGGUGCUUGUUUCUGGCAUAUAA